CAUCACCAUUCACCCUGCCACCACGACACCACCCUCGGCAUGUCGUCCCUCCUGCUAUGACGCCUGCGAAUACCACUCUAUGGUCGCGAACAUGCAGCCUCCUCAUCUCCGCUGCCAUUCCGCCGGCAGGGUGACAGCCCGCCUUCUGCUAUCCUUUCUCGCUAUAUCCUCAUUUACCGUUCACCGUAGCGCCGCCUCACGCCCUGAGAAUGAACCAGGGAUACCUGUAAUGCUUCCCGGGCCGGUCACAGGCGGAGGCGCCUCGCCAGAGCCCGGGAAUGCUCCUAGAGAGCUUGAUUUUAGACUCAAACACAUCUUCCACCAUGGGACCUACCAGUACCCAGGCCUGCACAGGAAGCUCGACGUGCCGGAAGACGCUCCGUUGUGGAUGACGGAGGAUGACUCUCUAGACAGGGAGCCAGUCCCCCGCCUUCGCGCCCGGUCCGAAGCCAUGAACAUCGAGCGGCUGGUGGACAGAAGCCCAGAGAACAUAAAUUCCAUCCUGGACCACGGGCGUAUGACUGGCCAGGCGAUAUCGCUACCCGCCUCGGACUGGACUGUUGACGAAAUCUACGGGCCGAAUGUCACAGACAAGGAGACCGUAUUGAGUUUCGCCAGGAUGGCGGCAAACGCCUACGUAAUGGAGCCCAAUACGGGCGAGUGGGAGGAUGUCGGAGGAGGUUACAACUAUACCGAAGACUUUGGCUGGGAAUCCGACGGCCUCCGUGGACACAUUUUCGCGGAUACAGAGAACUCGACUGUAGUCAUCGGCCUAAAAGGCACCUCGCCGGCCGUGUUUGACGGAUCUGAGACCACCACGAACGACAAGAUCAACGACAACCUUUUCUUCAGCUGUUGCUGUGGUCAAGGUGGGCAAUAUCUCUGGAGAACGGUCUGCGAGUGCCAGACAAGCGCCUACACCUGCAACUCCACCUGUUUAGUCAAGGCCUUGCGGGACAAGAACCGGUAUUAUUACGCCGCGCAAGACCUGUACCACAAUGUUACCGCCUUAUACCCGGAUGCCGACAUAUGGGUAGCGGGUCACUCGCUCGGUGGUGCUGUAAGCAGCUUCUUGGGUCUGACAUUUGGUCUUCCAGUAGUCACUUUUGAAGCUGUUCCAGAAGCCAUGCCAGCUGCUCGCCUUGGACUCCCAACCCCUCCGGGCCACCAAGUGGGCGCACUUCAACAACGGAAAAUGACCGGUGGCUACCACUUCGGCCACACUGCCGAUCCAGUCUUCAUGGGUGAGUGCAACAAGGCAAGCUCAUCUUGCACUUUCGGCGGAUAUGCCAUGCAGAGCGUGUGUCAUACGGGAUUCAAGUGCACCUACAAUACCGUUGAUGAUUUGGGGUGGCGAGUUGGAAUCGGAACUCACAAGAUCCACAGCGUCAUCAACGACGUUAUAAUGAAGUACGACGAGCCGGCAAAGUGUGAGCAGUAUAUCAAUUGCACCGACUGCUAUCCCUGGGAAUUCUUUGAGAGCAAUGGGACGGAAUCCUCAACGACAACUCGAAGCAUGACUUCCACGGCAACGUCUACGAGGACUCGCACGGAAACGUGUAAGACGCCUGGAUGGUGGGGCUGUCUGGAUGAAAGUACGACUAGUGGGCCAACCACCUCAACCUCUUCGACAACGACCACGUCGACUUCUACUUGCAAGACGCCUGGCUGGUUCGGUUGCAAAGAUGAGGUCACUUCGACCGAGACACUCACGGUCCCGUCCGCUACUCCCACGCCCACAAUGACACCACCCGCACCCACAUCCUCAUGCCGCCAUCCUGGCUGGUUUGGUGGAUGCAAAGACCCUAUAUCCACUUUCCCCCCUGGAAGGUCAUCCACAGGACCUUUGUCAACCGCAAGCUCAACCACUUGCACGUCAAAGGAAUGGUUCGGGCUCAUCUGCGUCGACCCGUCACCAGAUUCCAAAGCGUCGCCACAUACGACAGCACCGGCUGUGAUGGAGAGGAUAGAGGUUUGAAUUUGCUGUAGGAGCUCCCCAUUAGGGGUUAUUUUCAUGGUCGUGGCACUUUUUUGCAUGAUGAGGGCAUGGUAGGGUAUUGGCGUUCUUUUUGGGUUCAAUGGGUAGGAAGCUCAGUCAAACAAUGUGCAUACGAGUCAAGUAUCAAUCUAUGUAAAAAAUCAAAUCAAUAUAUGCCAUCAGACAACCUCUCCGUGUAUUAAACUAGGUUAGCACCCUCCCUCAAAGCCCUUCGCACGAAU